CACUCCUCCCCCUCCCACUCCUCCCCCUGUGCUGCUGCUGCUGCGCUCAUUCUCGCCGCCUUCAGCGCCACCAGCGCACGGACGAAACAGCCCCGCCAGCAGCAGCAGCGCGCGCUCGUGUGUGUGUGCGCACCCCCUCUCUCAGCUCGCCAGUUGGAAACCGCAGCCCGUGCACCAGGACCAGGCUCGGUUGCGACUCCUCGUCAGGCUCGGUUGCGACUCCUCGUCAGGCUCGGUGUGACUCCUCGUGCCUCCACCGCCACGGCAGCGACGCAACGUGCAGAGUAGUGGAGCAGCAGCAGCAGCAGCAGCAGGAUGGCGAAGAAGGCAAUCAUCUCCAAGGACGACUUGGAGGAGCUUCGGGAGGCGUUCUCCAAAGUUGACAUGGAUGGCAAUGGCUACGUCAAUGACUAUGAGCUGCAGGAGCUCUUCAAGGAGGCCAAUCUGCCGCUGCCCGGCUACAAGGUGCGCGAGAUCAUCACCCACCUCAUGUCCGAAAGCGACACCAACCGGGAUGGCAAGAUCAGCUUCGAGGAGUUUGUGUCGAUCUUCCACGGGCUGAAGAGCAGCGAGGUGAGCAAGACGUUCCGCCGGGCCAUCAACAAGAAGGAGGGCAUUUGUGCCAUGGGUGGCCUGUCGGAGCUGUCCAGCGCAGGGACGCAGCACUCCUACUCUGAGGAAGAGAAGUUUGCGUUUGUGAAUUGGAUCAACAAGGCCCUGGAGUCGGACCCGGACUGCCGGCACGUGCUGCCAACCAACCCCAACACGGAGGCGCUCUUCCAGGCCAUGGGCGACGGCAUCGUCCUCUGUAAGAUGAUCAACCACUCGGUGCCGGACACCAUUGACGAGAGGACCAUCAACAAGAAGAAGCUCACUCCGUUCACCAUCCAGGAGAACCUGAACCUGGCGCUGAACUCGGCAUCGGCGAUCGGCUGCCACGUGGUGAACAUCGGCGCGGAGGAUCUGCGCGAGGGCAAGCCCCACCUGGUGCUGGGCCUGCUGUGGCAGAUCAUCAAGAUCGGCCUCUUCGCAGACAUCGAGCUCACGCGCAACGAGGCCCUCAUCGCUCUGCUGCGUGACGGCGAGAGCCUGGAGGAGCUGAUGAAGCUCUCCCCCGAGGAGCUGCUCCUCCGCUGGGUCAACCACCACCUGGAGAAUGCCGGCUGGAACAAGAUCUCCAACUUCUCCUCGGACAUCAAGACGGUGGCUGACUUUUGCAACGCCAUCAAGGACUCGCGGGCGUACUUCCACCUGCUCAACCAGAUUGCGCCGAAGGGGGACAAGGAGGGUCAGCCGCGAGUGGAUAUCGACUUCUCUGGGUUCAAUGACAAGGAUGAGCUUCGCCGCGCCGAGAGCAUGCUGGUGCAGGCCGACAAGCUCGGCUGCCGGCAGUUCGUCACGCCGGCCGACGUGGUGAGCGGAAACCCCAAGCUGAACCUGGCCUUCGUGGCGAACCUCUUCAACAAGUACCCGGCCCUGCACAAGCCGGCCAACCAGGACAUCGACUGGGGCCUGCUGGAAGGUGAGAGCCGGGAGGAGCGGACGUUCAGGAAUUGGAUGAAUUCCCUGGGUGUGAACCCCUUUGUCAAUCACCUGUACAGCGACCUCGUCGAUGCCCUCGUGAUCAUCCAGCUGUUCGAGAAAAUCAAAACGCGAGUGGACUGGAACAAAGUGAACAAGCCUCCGUACCCCAAGCUGGGCGCCAACAUGAAGAAGCUGGAGAACUGCAACUACGCCGUGGAGCUGGGCAAGACGACCAAGUUCUCCCUGGUGGGGAUCGGCGGCCAGGACCUUAACGACGGCAACCCGACGCUCACGCUGGCGCUCGUGUGGCAGCUCAUGCGCAAGUACACGAUUCAAGUCCUGGAGGACCUGGGUGAGGGAGAGAAGGUAAACGAUGAGAUCAUCGUGAACUGGGUGAACCACACGCUUCGCGACGCCGGGAAGAGCUCCUCCAUCGCCAGCUUCAAGGACAAGAACAUCAGCUCCAGCCAGCCCGUGCUGGACCUCAUCGACGCCAUCCAGCCGGGCUCCAUCCGCUACGACCUCGUCAAGGAGGAGCCCUUGACCGACGACGACCGGCUCGACAAUGCAAAGUACGCCAUCUCGAUGGCGCGCAAGAUUGGCGCGCGCGUCUACGCGCUGCCCGACGACCUCGUGGAGGUGAAGCCCAAGAUGGUGAUGACCAUGUUCGCCUGCCUCAUGGGGCGCGGCAUGAAGAAGGUGUGAUGCGCCGCAACACCGCAACUGCUGCGCCAGGCCUACGCACAUGCACCCACGCGCACACACGCACCGCUGCAGCAACCAACGAUACAACCGCAACCUGCACCGCACGCAGGCGGCGCAGGCGAACGCGAGAACCACAGCGCACCACAGCGCACGUUGCGUGCCAACGGCAUGUCCUCCGCACGCUCCCCGCAAUGCUUCACAGCUCGCUACGUCGCGCACGCUGCACGCUCCUCCUGCCACACGCCGUGGCAUGGUAAAUGCCUCCCUUACCAGUGGUGGCCCAUGCCGCACUCGGGCACCGCAGUCGCCAGAGCCGCUCGCAGCUCGUGGAACACCGUGGCACGCACCGUGGAACACCGCGGCACGCACAGUGGCGCACUGGUACAGUGGCAGCCUUGCCACAUCAUGGCACACCGUGGCGUGAUGUGGCAAUGUCGUGGUCCACCGUGGCACGCAUCUUGCCACGCAUCUUGCCAUGCUGCGUCACAGCAAUGCACGCGGCACGCUUGCCAAUCUACUGCAGAUCUCGCACCACAGUGGCGCACAAGCAUGUAAAACACACACACGUCACACACGCAUCGUACACAAUCCACACCCGACACAAAGAUACAUUGCACGGGCACAGUUCACGCACGUGCACAUGCAAACUCAUCAUGUACGCACACACUUGGCACACUUCCACUGCACUCGCUAUCGCAGGACACGCGCAGACACCACUCCCGCGGACAUCGCUUCCGCAGACAUCACGCACAUCACUCGCACGCGCACCACCGCGGUCACAGUACGUUGAGGAGGCGUCCUUGGUCCCCUGUGGGGCAGCCGCAGCCUGGGCGGCCAGGCGCACUGGGGGAGGGUCGGAGUUGGGUCGGAACACUUACUGGGGAGCAUUCCCCUCAUCGUAGAACAGCAACAUUCAGAAACGUGCUUUGCAAGCUUCCCCCAGCGGAUUAACGUGUACAAUACGACGAGCGGAGAAGAGUCGACACUUUUCCCAGCCCCGGGAGUUCCGUGGACCGGCCCGUCGGUCGGCUUGUUACGUGUUUUUUUUUUCUGCAUUUUAUGGCAAUGUUUAUACGUAACCACCCUGGUAAAUAAUUACAAUCAACGACGCGGAGAGAGGAAAGGUGUCGUGAAAAUCGGUUGUAAAAGUGGAAAUCCUGGGAAUGAAAUUGCGUCGAGAAUUUUGAUGUUUGGGGAGGUAUGACCCGUGCGUCCUAUCAUGACCUAUGCAAGGUAACGAAAAAUAAAGUGAGUUUGAAUGAAAUUGCGACAAUUGGGUUUUAUGCUGCAGAAAUUUACACCAAAGGCGAAAACGACGCUCAGGCGUACGAAUUUGUGAAUGUGACGACGCGCGACUACGUAUUGUCUGUAUGUGCAAGGACACGGUACGAGUGAAGCGUGUUAACGUGGGACUGGGGGGGGGGGCUUAAGCUGUGUCGGACGAUGGGGCCAGGCGACCCUCGGUGGCUGCGUCGUGGCACCGGCACUGCAAAGCCACAAAGGGGCACGCAAGGGAGGAGGGAAAUCCCCCCCCCCCCCUCGGACAACACCGCCGCGACUUGCUCGCCCCGCCAGUCCGACGUGAAUCGGAAGUUUUAAACACCCCGGCGGUCGUGCCCGUUGCUGUCGCUGAUCGACAAUCCUGUCCCCCGCGGUGAGGAAAUUUGCCGCCGCGUGAAUUCCAACGCGCUUCGGGAAGAUCGAUCUCGCCCCUCUCUCUCUCUCUCACUCGACAGAAUAAAUAAAUACGUCUCGCUUGCGCCCGCCACCUGGCACUCGCGAGGGCGCCCGUGUUUACACCGCGAAGGAGCUCACCGCUGCCACGCGACGCUCCAUAUCUGGGGAGCAUUUGUGGGAGAGCAGCCUCGUGAUUCGUUGGCUGGAGUUGAAUACAUACAAAUUUGAUGUCGGCCCCCCCCCACCCCCCUUCAAAUGACACCUGCAGGGCACCCCCUCCCCCACCGCUGCUCCCGCCGAGUGCUGCGCUGUCCGAUGUGAGCGUUCCCAUUCAUUCGCCAGCACGACCGUCGGCUGUUGGCGACCGUCAUUCGUACGCCGUUCGCCAACACGCUGCGACCAGCAACCACUGAACUCCAUCUGUGGUGGGGUGGGUGGUGGGGAAGGAGGAGGAGAGGUGGGGGGCCCCCCCCCCCCCCCCCCACCCAGCGCUGGGGGGGGCGCUGCUCAAUUGUCCCAACACCGAUUGGUGCAAAGUUUCUGUGGAGUGUCCGGCACAGGAUGGGGUUGGAUGGUUGCGAGUCGCAGCGUGUCGGUCACCACCUGCGGCAACCAGUACAGUGUGGCCCUCCUUAUUUGCGACGAGGCGAUGCCCGUGACCAGCAGAUUUCGCGGAUAUUAUUGGCCUACGAAAACCUCUUUUUAAUGAAUUACCUUAAAUAAAGAAUCUAUUAAAGACAUGAACAUAAAAUGGGUUAUAAUAAAGUAAAUAAAAAUCAAUAUUUAACGAUUAAAUGAUGGUUUAUUAAUGAGCUUACCUGAAAUUGAUGCAGUAACGAUGACCUCACCACUUUUGUGCAUCUAAACUAAAACUCAACAAUAUUUUAUUUUACCAGGUGUAAGGCCCACUGAGCAAUGUUGUAGCUCUUUCUCAUAAACGACCUGGCCACAAAUGAUAGCUCGACGAAGCGGCUUAUCGCGUGGAAAUUUAUAUCAGUCAAAUACUCUAAAACAUUAUCUCUCAUCACCUUCUCCGUCUCUCUCGAUGCAGAAGUCGCGUAAAGUUCCAGAUGCGAUUCGCGGACAGCCAGCUUGAGAAUAACGAGGCACUACUGUACUGUAAUCUGGUUCGCCCGAAGGCGUUCAGCUCAACGCGACGCGCAUUCGGAGAUCUGAUGCGCUCUAAACGUUCAUCCCCCUCUGCCCCCCCCCUCCCUCCCCCAUGUGAAACGUGCGCAUUGCAUCGUCGUGACGAACCCGCGUCGCGUCCCGUGGGUGGAGCCACCGACGCCGCGAGCGGUUGUGCACGCUUUUAAGAGAUGCAUCGGUGACGGGGGGGGGGAGGGGGGAUGGGAGGUGACCUUGGGGACAUUUUGGUUACAUUUGCCUCCAUCCAGAAGCGUGCUGGGGUUUUGUCACCGCGUGUCGGCCGCGAUGUACGCCUGGCGGAGCGCACAGAGAGACAGAGAGAGAGAGCAGCGCUCUCCAUCCUCCCGACAUCGUGUGAACGCUGCCUCCGGCAAUAUCGGGCGGUCGCGCCCGUUGAUUCGUAAGCGCAGCUCCAUUGUCGGGGUGGCGGGCGACGGCUACGCUGCUGCUGCUGCUGCUCCACGUGGCUGCCCGUCAACCAGCGCCUCGGAGGCAGCAGCAGCAGCGAGGAUUGGUGGAUCGCCGCACAAAUGACGCAUUUCUGUGGGCGUCGAAGAGCCGUACCCUGGCGCGCCAGGAGAAAACAGUACAGCAAGUGUGGACUAAUCUCCAUCAGUUCCGUCUGUAUUGGAUAGCGUUGCACCUUCGCACCGCGUGCGUUUCCUCCCACACGUGUAAACGCUCGUUAAUUGGUCGAAAAACAUCUUAAUGUAUAGAGGAGCGCAGAGCUUGGGCAAUUGUCGGCAGUGCCGGCUCACCGCCUGGCUGGGAUUGUGAGAUUCACUUUGCAUGAACGACGAUGCUACAUACAAAACUUAACAUGAAUUAAGAGUUUUACUUUUAAAAUGUAUCCUGUAUUUGGACCCAGUAUCUUGCCAAUAAACUGUUCAUGGGAUUCGAAUUGUGAUGUUCAAAGCAGAGUAUGGGACCGCAGUACGAAAACCAAGCUUCUGGUCGUGUUCAUGACAUUUUUUUGUUUUUCUAGAAUGUUGACGUCUUAUUGUUUUACAAUCAUGUUGCCAUUGCUAGCUUUGAAGUUAACGUUUUACUUAACAGUACAAGGCUAGACAUUGCUAUUUUGUUCUUUGAGGUCUUUAUAUAAAUAUACUAUUAAAAAAAAAACACCCCUUGACAAA